GGCGAUGCAGGCCCAGAAGAGCAACGAACGCGUGAUGGAGCGCCAGAGGGGCAAGGACGACGAUAAGCGGCGGCGUGCGGGGGACGCGCGGGCGGCCGUGGCCCCGAAGGACGACCCCAAGAGCGAGGAGCCUAGCCAUGCGCAGAAGCCCCGAUCGACUCGACGGCGCGGCGCCCAGACCCUCGUUGGGACGCCGACGUCGCCGCAGCCUGGUGAGCCCUGGGAGGCCCUGCGACUCAUCCAGCAGGCCCACUCGGCGCCCGUGACGCCGCAGCAGCAGUUCGGCUCGAUCGGCGAGGACGAGGCUGACAAGGAGUGAGCUCGGCCUCGCGGGCGUUUCCCAUGGCUUCUUCCGCUCAGGAGGAGGAGAAGACGGUCCCCGCAGAUGUGGCGCUCGCACACCUUGCUCUUGCUCGAGCCACCACAGAGCGCCGCGGUCGGUGAGAUCUUCCGAUGCCAUCUGCUCGAGCCACAGUCUGGGCGGCUUCCGCCAGACUGAUUAGUUCGGCCCUCGCGCUUGAGGCCUAUUGAGUCCUGUCCCCCGCAGGGCCAACUGCCUUCUACUUCAGGAUGUGCGCCGGCG